AUGGCUCCAGCACUCACCCCGGCUUCUUCGAGCAGCACCAUCUUCGACCCCGUCUCGUUUCGCGGCCCCAGUUGGCUGGAACAAGAGGCCCGGCGCGAGGAACGGCGCGCGGAGCAGUAUGGCGGGGACGACCCGCAGGACCCCCUCCCAAAGGACCCCCUCACGCGCGUCUCGACCCUCCGCGACGAGACGCCCGACCCGGACAAGGUCGACUGGGACGGCCCCCACGACCAGGAGAACCCGCAGAACUGGACGGUCGCGCGCAAGUGGUGGAUCACUGCCCUCUGCCUGCUGAUGACGGUGAACGUCUCGUUCGCGUCGUCCGCCCCCGCCCCGGCGGGGCCCGUCAUCGCCGCGCAGUUCCACGAGCCCCCGGAAUACGCGUACCUGCUCACGACGGUGUACCUCUGCGGGUAUGUCAUCGGCCCCUCGUUCUGGGGGCCUGGCUCGGAGAUGUUCGGGCGCAGGCCGCUGUUCGUCGGGACGCUCGCGUGCUACACCGUCCUCCACCUCGGGCAGGCCCUCGCCCCCAACAUGCAGGCGCUGCUCGCGACCCGCUUCCUGUGCGGCUUCUUCGCCGUCUCCCCCGUCACCAAUUGCGGCGGCCUCAUCUUCGACCUCUGGGACCCUGCCCACCGUGGCGGCGGCAUGACCCUCAUUGUCGCCGGGGUGUUUAUCGGACCCGUGCUGGGGCCCAUCGUUGGCGGCUUUAUCACCACGAGCUACCUGGGCUGGAGAUGGGUGUUCUGGAUCAUGAUGAUCUUCGCAGGGUUCUGCACGCUGCUUGCGCUCGUCUUCGUCCCCGAGACGUACGCGCCGGUGAUACUGCAGGAAAAGGCACGACGGCUCCGCCGGGCGGACCCCGAGGCGAACGCGCGGCUGUACGCGGAGCACGAGCGGGCAGACUGGUCGGUCAGGGGCGUCGUCCACCGCACGAUCUACAGGCCCGUGCAGAUGCUGUUCAUCGAGCCCAUCCUGCUCCUGAUCACCCUCUAUCUCUCCCUCGUCUACGGGGUGCUCUACGCGCUCUUCGAGGCGUUCCCGGUGAUCUUCAUCGAGAAGCGCGGCUUCACCGUCGGCGAGUCCGGGCUGGUGUUCAUCGGCGUGGGCAUCGGGACGACCGUCGGCGCGGCGUCGUUCGCGCUGCUCUUCGGGCACUACCCUGCGCUGAUCGAGAGGUGGCGCGGGUUCCCGCCGCCGGAGCAGCGCCUGCACGGCGCGAUGGUCGGCGGCGUGUGCCUCGUCGUCGGCUGCUUCUGGCUCGGGUGGACGGGGAGCUACGCGGGCGUGCCGUGGUACGUCCCCGCGCUGGGCACGAUCCCCAUCGGCGCGAGCGUGAGCAUGAUCUUCAUCGCGUUCCUGACGUACCUCGUCGACACGUACCUGGGCUACACCGCGUCCGCGUUCGCGGCGACGACGAUGGUGCGGUCCGCGGCGGCAGCCGCGUUUCCGCUGUUCACGACGCAGAUGUUCCGCAACCUGGGGGUGAACUGGGCGGGGACGCUCAUCGGGCUGCUGGGGCUGCUGCUCGCGCCGAGCCCGUUCUUGUUCUACCGGUACGGGGCGUGGAUCCGGACGAAGAGUCGGUUUGCGCAGUGUCCUGACUUGCUCAUCGCGGAGGAGCUAAAGGCCGAGGCCGCGGCUGCUGAGGCGGGGGAGAAGGCGUGA